CCUUCCCCCUCUGGAGAGAGAAGAAGGAACCAUGAGCAACGUCACCGUCACCGACAACGCAGCCGAGCCCAUCAGCAGAACCAUGUCUCCAGCCACGCCCUACCCAUACCCCUACCCCAUCUCCUUCCAGGUGUCCCUGACCGGCUUCCUGAUGCUGGAGAUCGUGCUGGGCCUGAGCUCCAACCUCACCGUGCUGGCCCUGUACUGCAUGAAGUCCAACCUGAUCUCCUCGGUCUCCAACAUCGUCACCAUGAACCUUCACGUCCUGGAUGUGUUAGUGUGUGUCUGCUGUAUCCCACUGACCAUGGUGGUGUUGCUGCUGUCUCUGGAGGGGGAUACAGCCUUGGUUUGUUGCUUCCACGAAGCCUGUGUGUCGUUCGCUAGUGUCGGCACGGCAGCCAACGUACUCGCCAUUACCCUGGACCGGUACGACAUCUCUGUGAAACCAGCGAAUAGAGUCCUAACGAUGGGCCGAGCCCUGGCUCUGCUGGCCACCAUUUGGGUGCUGUCGUUCCUCAGUUUCCUGGUGCCUUUCAUGGAGGUGGGGUUCUUCGCCCCAGGCCAGUCGGAGCUGAACCAGACUCUAACGGAUGUAGUCACAGUGGCCCACACCAACCAAUACUACACAGAGUUAGGACUCUACUAUCACCUACUGGUCCAGAUACCCAUCUUCUUCUUCACUGCUGUUGUGAUGCUCGUCACCUAUUCCAAGAUCCUCCAAGCGCUCAACAUCCGCAUUGGGACACGCUUUCACACAGCGUCGCAGAAGAAGAAGGCCAGGAGGAAAAAACGUCCCUCCAUGACGGCUAUGACGUCACAGGCGACGGACGGGGCCACGGACCCAUCCGAGCCCAGCGGCCGUGCUCUCCCCCCGAUGGGCAUGCGGACCUCCGUCUCCCUCAUCAUUGCGUUGAGACGAGCGGUUAAACGCCACCGGGAGCGACGAGAACGCCAGAAACGAGUCUUCAGGAUGUCGCUGCUCAUCGUGUCGACCUUCCUGCUCUGCUGGACUCCCAUAACCGCCCUCAACACGGUCAUCCUGACCGUAGGCCCCAGCGACUUCACGGUCAAGCUGCGGUUGGGCUUACUGGUCAUGGCAUACGGGACGACCAUCUUCCAUCCGCUUCUCUACGCCUUCACCAGGCAGAAGUUCCAGAAGGUUCUGAAGAGUAAGAUGAAGAAGAGGGUGGUGAGCAUCAUAGAGGCCGACCCGCUGCCCAACAACGCGGUCAUACGUAACUCCUGGAUUGACCCCAAAAGGAGCAAGAAGGUCACCAUCAACGAGGACGCUGAGGCCAGGCAAAAAUGUCUGCAGUCUUCAGAGGACGCUGUGGAAUGACUGUGAUUACUUAGCGACCUUGUCAAGAGGUCCGGAUCUCAGGGGUUUGUCUGUAUAGGAAAGUCUUGGGCUGGCCGCAUAAGUUUUUUUUCACACCGCCUAUGUCCAAACGAAUCAUUUUCGGGAUGGGAAAACGUUUUCAGUGUAAACGUAAAUAACUUUAACCAGAUAUAAAGUAUGUCGAAAAGAUAAUAGACCUAUAUAUUUUUUAACUACGAUUUUUAUUUGAGAACUAACAAUCAGCGAAAUAAAAGCUAGACAGUCAGGCAGAAUUAAAAAUUCCCAAAAUGAUGCAUUCAGGAGUAUUUUAGUCAUGGCAUGAGGCCCACAUUGAUUUGUUAUGUUGUUCGAGUCACUCAGAUAGCAUAAGCCAUGGCAGAAUGUGUAGAAUUGCAGGAAAUGUGAUGUAAAACUGCACAUUUUAUCUCUGUCAAAAUGCGUAAAAUGGCCACGCCCCCUGCCCCCCACCAUGCCCAUCACCUAAGUCCCGUUUUGAUCCAGGAAAAAAAAAUUGAUCUCUUGGUGUAAUGGCUAAGGUGUUGGGUUGACAGUCGCUGGACCCAGGUUUAAGUCCCGGACAACGAGACCAGACAGAAAUGUCUUCAGAGGAUGCUAUGGAAUGAAUCAUAGAAUCUAGUCAUUCUAUUUCUGUUGAAUGAAUUCUAGUCAUUCUAUUUCUGUUGAAUGAAUGAACUACUUAAGGGCAAGACGACACAAUAAGGAACGUUGACAGUAGAUCACCUGAUGGGUGGCGACGGAUGGUGGUGAUUGUCGCAAAACUGAAAAGGAGGGCUGACGUUCUGUGGUCAAAGGAGGCUGGUGGAGGAAGGCCAAACGCUGCUUUCAGCCGUGGUCUGUUUUGUCCUCUAGUGCAAUCUUUAAAACUCAAAGCAGAGGAGGCUGGUGGUGGGAGAAAUUGGAGGACAGGUUCAUUGUAAUGGCUGACACUGAAAAAAUUGAAGGGUAUCAAACACAUCAAACAAAAUGACACCAGCCGCCACUGACUCUAAGAAAGGACUAAUUAUUAGGUUCAUCAGGUUGGGAUAAAAACAAGGGAAACACAUUCCAAAGCAGCAAUGUAAAUAUACAGGUAGCUGCCAAGAUAAAGGAAACCCCAACAUAAAGUGUCUUAAUAUGUUGUUGGUCCACCACGAGCCAGAUCGGCUUCAAUGCUCCUUGGCAUAGAUUCUACAAGUGUCUGAAACUCUAUUGGAAGGAUGCAACACCGUUCUUCCACGUGAAAUGCCACAGUUCGGUGUUUUGUUGACGGUGGUGGAAAACGCUGUCUCAAGCGCCGCUCCAGAAUCUCCCAUAAAUGUUCAGUUGGGUUGAGAUCUGGGGACUGAA